CAGUGCCCGCUGUCCUGGGGACAAUAUAAAACAGGUCAGAAUCCUCCUGCCGGCCCACUCAGGCCAUCCCAGGAAGCAUCGGCUGCAGGCACCAUGCAGCUCCGGGUACUCCUCGCCGCCGCCCUCCUGGCACUCCUGGCCUCUGCCCGAGCUGGUGAGGCCGAGGACCCCACUCUUUUCGGCUUCAUGCAGGGCUACAUGCAGCAGGCCUCUAAAACCGCCCAGGACGCGCUGACCAACAUGCAGAAGUCCCAGGUGGCCCAGCAGGCCAGGGGCUGGCUGACUGAUGGCAUCGACUCCCUGAAAGACUACUGGAGCACGUUCAAGGACAAGUUCUCUGAGUUCUGGGACUUGACCCCUGAGGCCAAUCCAACUCCAGCCUCUGAAGGUGCCUGAGACCUCCACAGCCCAAGUCUGCCUGCCCAUCCGUCCCGCCAGCUCCCUGGGUCCUGCAGCCUCCAGGCUGCCCCCUGCAGGUCACUGGAAAGGGGCAGUAUUCUCAGCAGUUUCCUACCUGCGCUCCCCCACCCCCAAGCCCUGGCCUACCCCUAGGCCUGCUGUCUUCCCAAUAAAGCUGGGUCAGAGGCUGGUGUGA